CUGGACAGCCAACCCUCCUGUUUCCAACGCACAUAUACACACAGUCACUGGAAGACUGAAGCCUUGCUCCGCCUCAUUUUUUAGCUCUGUAACUUUUCAUCAAUGAUUCACUCUCUUGAAGUCGACCUUCCUUCAUGACCGUCUAAAAUAACAAAAACUGACCUCAGAUCAGCUGUGAGCCUCCUCAGUGUCCUGAACAGAGGACACUGCCUGCACACUGAUCUCCUCAUCCUCUGCACACAGAUAUCAAUGUGGAAAAACUGCCAUAAACAUGGGUACAUCUUGGUAAAAUGGACAAUUUCAAGUCUGUCAAACACUGAUGCUGGAUCUCCAGUGGGAGUGGAAUGGAUAAUAGCCAUGGCACACUGUAAUCAGCGGUCGCCAUCCUCCUCUCCUCAUGAUGAUGUCAACUUGGGACCUUCAGCAAACCCACAUGCCAGGCCCACUGACUUUGACUUCUUGGCUGUCAUUGGCAAAGGGACCUUUGGAAAGGUCCUGCUCGCCAAGCUCAAAGCCGACAACAAAUUCUACGCCGUCAAAGUGCUGCAAAAGAAAGUCAUCUUGAAGAAAAAAGAGCAAAAGAACAUUAUGGCAGAGAGAAAUGUGCUGCUGAAGAGUCUGAAACAUCCAUUUCUGGUUCGGCUCCACUACUCCUUCCAGACCCCAGAGAAGCUCUACUUUGUCCUUGACUAUGUGAAUGGGGGAGAGUUGUUCUUCCACCUGCAAAGAGAGAGGUGUUUCUCAGAGCCCAGAGCGAGGUUCUACACAGCUGAGGUAGCGAGCGCUAUCGGCUAUCUUCACUCUCUCAACAUCGUUUACAGAGAUCUGAAGCCAGAGAAUAUUCUCUUAGACUCUCAGGGCCAUGUGGUGCUGACAGAUUUUGGUUUGUGCAAAGAAGGUGUAGAGCCGGAGGGAACCACCUCGACUUUCUGUGGGACUCCAGAAUACUUGGCACCAGAGGUUCUUCGUAAGGAACCAUAUGACAGAACAGUGGACUGGUGGUGUCUGGGAGCAGUGCUCUAUGAGAUGAUAUACAGCCUGCCUCCUUUCUACAGCCGUGACGUUGGUGAAAUGUACGAUGGGAUCCUUCACAAGUCGCUGCCACUGCCUCCAGGGAAGUCUGAGGCCGUCUGUUCUCUGCUGGUGGGUCUUCUGCAGAAGGACCAGCACAGACGCCUUGGGGCCAUCGCCGACUUUUUAGAAAUAAAGAACCACACCUUUUUUUCUCCAAUCAACUGGGACGACCUUUACCACAAGAGAAUCACUCCUCCUUAUAACCCUAAUGUGAGAGGCCCAGCUGACACUCAGCAUAUUGAUCCAGAGUUCACCAGAGAAAUGGUUCCUAACUCUGUGAGUCGGACCCCAGAGUUCAAUGCCAGCACCAGCUCCAGCUCCAACAAUGCCUUCAAUGGAUUCUCCUUUGUCGCCAGUGAGGACAGCUUUCUGUGAGGCAGGAGUUAACUGUUCAAAUGUUUGAACAGGAUGAUUGAUUUAAUAGAGUGAUCAUACCUCUUUUGAGUUAAGAUCUCAUGAAAAUAAGUGCUCCUCAUGUACCAUUGCAGAAAUCCCACAUUGCAUCAAUCAUGUUUGACUACUGCAGGGAUUUCCAAAUUGUUCCUCUUGAGGGUGUAGCAGAAAGGGAGCAUGCCUGCCAUGGAGACAUUUAAGGGUAAAAUAUGUUAAACUUUUUGCCUGUAAGUCCCAGUUCUGUUCUUAGAGAGAUAGCAAGAAUUGACAUGAAUGUGUUACCAAAUAUACAGGGCUCGCACGAAGUAGGAGCAUCUUUAAGAUGCAGAGCCAAUUAUCUUUAUUACAUUCAUUUGCAAUGUAAUGAAGAGCAUGUGAGGCUGAAUUUACACAAAAGAUGUUUUAUUUUAAUUAUUUUAUACACAUUAUCAUGCUGUAUUGUGUCUGUUUAAAAAGAAAAGAGAAACACAACGGUGACUUCCUGUGUACAUCCAGACUUAGGGCUCUAUUUUCCUGAAAUAGGGCACAGACGCAAACACAAGCAAAAUCUCCAGGUGCAAACACAAAUGGACGUGAGCAAAAUUUAGCUAAUUUGGUGAGACAAACAUUGGCGGAAACCAGGCACAGCUGGGCUAAACGUGGAAGAUAGGCUGAAUAGAUUAUUAGCUGGAGGAAUGCGGACUCAGGGGCGAGCUUCAGUAAUGGCCAAUCACAUGAGCUCCUCUCAUCCCUUUUAAAAGCAGCAACAGGUGAAACAGAGGGAAAGGCUGAGGUCUCUGAGAGAGAAAAAAUAUUAAUAUCCAUGAAGCACCUGAAGUCCAAAAAUGAAAAAUAUACAACGUUCCAAAUAUGAAUAUACACCAACCAAAAUAUGCAGGUGAACAGGUGAAGCUGAGCUGCUGAAAUAUCGGCGCAGCUGGUUAGAGUUGUGUAAACAAUGAAUACAGGUUAAUUAAUAAAACAUUUAAACUGUGUUCUCUCAUGUGAGGAUAUUGGUGAGAAUCUUUCUCAGUCACAUUAAAAAUUGUACAACAUCAAUCUGCAGUAGCCUAGAUGAAAAAAGUGUAGCAAACGGGAAGAGGAAAAACUUAACAUACAUGAAAGGUGGAUUUUGGAAAGGUCUGUGUGGAUGCGCCUCUGCCAAGUAAAGCCACAAAAAUCGCUCUGCGUUUGCGAUAAGAGGUGUUUUGAGCAGGUUUUUGUGCCAAAAUGAGCACCAAAAUUGCACUGCGCUGCCAAAUCAGCAUAAACAUAGCCUCAGCUGCGCCUCUCCUCCCACCUUGGCGCAAACACAUUCAUUUGGUGCCAGGAAAUUAUCAAACAGGCGCAGACGCAAAAAAUAGACUUGCAUCAUAAAAACUGUCUUUUCCCUUGUGCUGACUUCAUGCCUGCAGGAAUAUAGAGCCCUUGGUGUUGUCUGUCUCAUUAAUCAAAUUUUUAUAGAAAACAGAUCUGAAUGAACCUAUUUCUUAUGUGAACAUGAACAUAAUAACCUCUGGGUUCACCAGUGCUUUGAAACAGGGGAUGACAUCCAGAAAACUAAAUGAAAAAGGCAGUUUAAUUUUUAAAAGAAUUGUCUCACACAAACCCAUUAGAAAAAGUUGAAAAUAAUUCUACCACUUCAACAAUGCAAUGUUUAGAAUUUUAAUAUCAGUUAUCAAUACACAAUUUACGCUUUUGUCACAUUGAGACAAGGAAAACAGUCCACUGCUGAGAUAACUGGCAGCCUCUACUGGCUUUAACACUGUUUUUACACUGUUCUACAGGGCCAGAUUUUAUAGGGAAACUGCUUCAUUGCUGGCACAAAGGCAGAUAGAUUCCAGUGCAGCAUCAGUUUUCCAAACUGCACUUUGUAAUCGCUGUUAUAAAGUACACAAAAGUUCACUUUUCUUACUACUUAAAACAAGAUGGUACUGAUCUUCCAGUGCAAAGAGAGCUAAAACUUUCAGUCUGCAGAAGUUUAUGAAUGACAGACUGAUGAUAAAAGAUCAAAAGAAAACAUGUGACCAAAGAAGCAAAGAUGAAAAAACUGCUACAAAUAAUAAUAACAGUGAUAUAAUAUAUAACACGGUGUGUAAUGCAACUGGUGUGAAAGCUCUCAGUCCUCACAACAGUGGCCUUGUUUGUUUAUGGCAAUUAUGUCAAAGAGUCAAAAUUAAUUUGUAGUUAAUGCGCUGAUGUUAAAAAAUGCUCCAUGUAGCACCUUUUUAAAAUGUCAGUCAACUACACCGCAGUGUACAUAUUAUGCCUGUUUAUUUUGUGGACUGUGUUAUUUUGUGGACUGUAUUGUAACUGGGAAACUCCUCAAAAUGUGUUUGUCUGGAGAUUUUUUUUAGAUUGUCGAUAGCAGUCAGUGAUAUUGAUUAGUUUUGUUUCAUGAUACAUGCUAAAACAGUUAUAUCGAAAAUACUGUAUGUAACAUCUGUAAAAUAUACAGUAGCAGCUUUGCAAUAGGAUUAUGUACUGUAGUAAUGUAAUUAAAUCAGUGUAAACCAUGAAGUUCCUCUCUGCCUUGGAAAUGAAGUUGGUGACUGAUGGUACUUGACAUUGGCAGAGAUGGGUGAUACACUUGCACAUCUGAUGUCCUUGUAUUUUAUUUUUAUUAUCUCAUUUAGAUAUAAUCUACAUACUUGUUUGUAAAUCCAAUAUUAAAGCAGCUCUUCUCUUCCAA